AUGGUCACCUCCUUACAAGCAAUUACCUCGCGCUCUACUCAAGACUUGUGGGGGAAUCCCACCAGCAUCCCCGGCGACCUGAGCGUCGAACAACAAGCACAAAGAAGAGCCUCAGCGGUGGGAAAACUCUCGAAGCGCAUUUCUGGCAAUUUGCGUGCGAAAGAGGAGCUUCGCGCCUCCCUCCAGCAAUGGGUGAUUACCAUAGCUAUUCACCUCGCUGGCCUGGUUCAAAGAGUACGUGCCCUGGGAGAGAAAGUGGACUUGGAUUUGACGGAGGCCCUCAACGAGAUGCGGGAUGCCCUUCACCAGCAGCCAUCCAUUACCACGUCGGAGCAGGUAUCGGCGGCCACGGAGGCUGUGGGCCGGCCGAUAUGGAGUCAACUUCAGGAACACGAGAUUUUUCGUGUUGUCUCCGCUCUACGCGCAUUUGGUGUUGUGGAAGCCCCCCAGCGUGGCGUGGAGGCGGGUUCCGAAGUCAGUUUCGGACUGGCAGCAGCAGCCAUGCCGUCACCCGAGGGCAUGGACACGGAGUUGAGCGGACUCACAGAUUUGGGUCUACCAGUUGGGGCAAGAUCGGCUGCGGAUGCUGGCCCUCAUUCCGGGGCGGAAUCUGCUGGUGGCCUCAGCGCUGCCACUGGCCGGCCUCUGAGCACCAGCGUGAUUCUAGGGGGCGGCGAUGUUGUGUCGACAUCACGGCCUUCGCGGUGGAGGAAACGCAGCGGAGCGGAAACCAGCCGGCCGUCCAAAAGCCCGCGCAGGGACAUUUUGUCAAGUGUCCCAUGGGCUCUCCCUGCCACAGGUACUACCCCGGAGGCUUUACAGCGACCACAACAGACUCAGGUUGUGGACGGCCCCGAGCCUGUUCGUCCAGAUCUUGGCGGUAUGUCUUGGGAGGAAGCGUGGCUACAACUGCUACAGUUUGCCACCGAGCACGGCUCUGCGCUGGUGGGCGAGGUGAUUCGCGACCCACAGCAAGACACGGUGCUUCCCCUCCAAGACCACAACCCCGAGGAUCGCAGCGAAAUACUGGAGGCUGCAGAGGACAUAUGGUUAGCUAUGUUGGCAGCCUUGGACGUACAGGAACAAGGGACCAUCCUGCUCGCCCAAGUCACGUUGGGCAAUCUGCUGGAUCCUUACUCCUAUGCUCCCACUACGGCACAGGAGUGGCUCUUCCCGACAGCUAUUGCAGAACACGGUUCUCUGGCCAGAGGGGCCAGGAAGCUAGAGUGCGGUGUCGUGUACAUACCGGACCUUUUUCAAGGCGUUGUCAAUUACGUUCUGCCUGUGGACUUCCUUGCAGCCGCGGGAGAACACCCGAGGGUGGUCGGUCCAGGGGUGUGCAGAUCUGGCAGCAGGGAUCGCUUCAGGGACAGCCAGUGUUCACCACUAGUAGUGUUCAGCCUGCAGCUUCAGUCCAGGACUGGACCGCAGGCUCUCCGCACGAUUGGCGUUUACAGACCUCAGGAGUCAGAUCAACCGACCGUGCUAAUCUCGGAUGAUCGCGCCCACGGUCCGCUCUGCCUUCGCUUCCGCCAGAGCAGUAUGUGCUGUCCCCUGCUCAACUUCCAUGGGAUCAGGCUUUGGUUCCGGUUGACUUGCGACCACUUGGAGGUCUGGCCGAUGCAUAGGGUUCCGGCGGCAACAUUGAUGUCACAGGCUGAGGAGGCUGACGCGCCUGCCACGCUGGAGGCAGACUUUGUUGUGCCCGCCUUCUUCCCCCACUGGACCGUAUGCGUUUAUGUGAUUCAGGUGCGGGAAGGUGCCACACCGGCUGAGCGUAUUGCGGAGGCUGUGCAGCGGCAUGGUGAGCCGUCUAGUGACACGCAGUUAGCUGCAGGGCUUGCUCAGGGGAGGCUGCAGGUCUUGCAUAGAGAACAUGUGGUUGAUCCAUUCGCGCCUCUCCAUGCAGCUCCGCCAGCCCCGGUUGUUGUUCUUUGUCGCCGUAGCCAUCUCGCUUCGGGCUACAGGGACCCGCAACUGCUUGGGGAGGAUCCUGAUGUGUACGCCGAGGUGACACUUGGAGUUGCGACAGUUCGGGAUGCUGAUCCUUCCUCAGCCACUCGAUAUUUUGGCAGUUGCACUUGGGGCCCCCUUCUCGGCCUUCUGUUGACGGCUCCACGAUGGCUAUCUCUACUGACCAUUCCGUACAUGGUUUCUUGUAUGCAUGACCCUGAAGCUGCGGUGGAGUUCUUCCAGCCGAUGGGUGACAGCCCUUGGUCUACGGCCGCUCAGCACCCAGGUCUCGCGUCUGCGGAGGAACAUGCAACAUUAGGUGACUGCAUAGCCUGGGACCCCUUGCCGGCGGACCGUGGUUUGCAUUUCGUCGCUACGGCCCAGGAUCCUGCGCUUGUCACGGUCAUUGCUGAUACGGGUCGUGAGUACCUGUGCUUGGAUGUUCCUCGUGCUCGCUUCGGCACUGCUCUGCUUUCGGCUGUGCAGUUGCUGUGCCCAGAACGCUGCUUUCGAUUUACGGAUAACGUUCGGACUCCUGUUAGACACGGAGAUGUCAUUCGGCUUCUCGAUGAGCCGAUUGUUAGCUGCCGAUCACCGCAGUUCUAUGUACCGAGGUUCACGUAUCCGCCCUCCCUGGAGCCGGGCUCACAGUUAGUCUACAUUGCUUCUGUGGACAUGGGACUGAUCCGACUCAAGGUCCCUCUGGGGGUUGAUAUUCACGCUCUGGAACGAGCACUCAUUGUUUGGCUGGGCCGACAGCGUUGCCUCGGGGUUCGGCUGUACAAGCUUGACUUAGAUGUUGCCGUCCCAGUCUACUGCUUGCCGCGCAGGGGGCGCAGUACACUUGCCGUUGGAUUGCUCGACCUCGCUGAUCCCAUCAUGGAUACUAUUGUGCAUGUUGUUGACGCUGACGAGUCAGUUGAGCUCGACUGCGAGAUUCUUCGCGAGCCCUGGCCGGCUGAUUCUGCCGGCGGGCCGCGCUUCCGCAUGGUGGCUCUUGGCCUUGAUGUGUGUCGUGCGUUGGGUGCCGGGUGGCAGCCGCCAGUCCCCAGUGUAGUUCCGGAUUAUGACCUCGUCAUUGCUGCUGAGCACCUAGGCAUUAGUUGGGGUUCCGGCCUACUUGCAGCUAGCCGACAUGCCUCCACCCAAACUGUUGCAACGCACUGGCCUAUGCGAGCGUCGCCGCUGUUCUCCUCAGCGAUGCCCGUGCCACGCAAGGCUGAAGGCUGUUCAUUUGACGAGAAGUUCGGAGCGGAAGGCACCCUGUUCCACCUUGAGUGUCCUCAUAUGCAUGUGCGUUGCACUAUCCCGUGUGUUGCUGGUCGGCACAUUUGGGCUCUUCGCCUUGGUAAUUGGGUCCGGGCUGCGUGCACUACACGUCUUAGCUGGGACGAAGUGCUGGAGGUGGCUGGCCUCUCCUACUGGGAUCUGCCCGGCACCAGUAUUCACGGCCCGGAUCAGGUUUGGUCGUGGCCUGAAGAUGUCGUUUCUCUCUCAGGUCAGUGCGGUCAUGUGAUGCACAGCGGAAGCGAUCCACAUCUUGAAUGCAUGUACUCGGUUGACCCUCGCCCGCCGCCGACCCCUGCUGCUCGAUCACACAGUCAUCGACUGGCCUCGUCUUGGUGGCAGCUUCCUCUUCUUGUGUUCGUCACUCGAGGCCACGCUCUUUACGGGGGCAUCGGCAUCUUGCUGGCUCUCACCACCGCUCAAGCUACGAGUGACACCAAUGCUUCCGAUACCCCGUCUGCUCUACAUAGCUCCAGUGCUUCUGACGGGCUUGUAGCUGUUACUAAUUCCACUCCCAGUUGUAGCUCGGCAUGGUGUUAUGAGCUCUCCUGUCAGAGCACACACUUUACUGUUGACUUUGUAUCGCUGGCGGCGUACUUCACCGCGCAUUCUCCGACUGAGUUAGUGCGUGUGCAGCUUUGGAAUCCCUUCGAGGGCCCUUCUCUUUUCGAUUUCCUUCGGACUGAGUCUGCUAUGGCUCUUCACUCCAAGUUAUUAGCUGCCGGGCAUGACCCAUCGAGGCGAGUCCUGUACGUAGCCUUUGACACUCAGAGCACUGUGGUGGACUUGGUCUCAAUUCCCCCCAACAGUGGUCGUUGGUGGAUUGUCCGUGACGGGUUGUCCAGGGAGCUGCUGCGCCCUGUCACCACCUGGGUUGACGAGAAUCGUCGGUCGGUUGUUACUUUGAACUCACAUGGCCAAGCUGCGAGUCUCGCUACUACGCCCGAGACCGCGGCGUUAUACCACCUCCCGCAAGGAGCACGUGGAGUUACUGCUGCUCCUCUCACCCGGGUAUAUGGACACCUGACCACGGCGGGGAUUGUUUUAGUUGAAGCUGGUAUAGGUGUUGUUUCGGGUGCUAGAUUACGCCUGUCACUCAUAGCCGGCACUCUUCUACUGUUCGCUGUGCCUAGCCAGGCCAUGAUGCAGGGCCAGGUGGUGCCAACAAGCUCGCAAGCUCUAUGGAGUAAUACUCAGCCCCCGCCUCAGCAUACUCGGAUCUGGACUCAUACGCUUGCUGCACCCGUGACCGUCGCUUACUCGCCAGAGCCCAACCCUGCUCGACUUGCUGCAGCUGUUGCCGCAACACAACGCGGCCCCAGGGGCGACGGAGUCUUUGACUGGACGGUUCCUCGGCAGUACGGGGAUACUGCGCAUAUCAUUCACUAUCCUGCUGGUCUGUGUCCGCCCUUCGUAUUCUGGUUGUUGCACUAUCGUGGCAGAGGUGCUGUCAUUUGCGCUACUCCAGGGCAUGUUGACUGGCAGUAUUUAGCGCAAGAAGCCUCGGAAGCAUUUUCCUCCCCGGGUUUUAUGCAGGGUUCAUUCGGUAUUCAGCAUAACGGGCGGAUCUUUGCCUACGGUUCAGACCUUGUGACGCCACCUCACGGCACCAUCCUUCACUUAGUUCGCAUGGGGGUCCCGGGGGUGAAGCCCCCAUAUGUGAUGGUCUUCCCGGUAAGCGUUGCACCGGGUUCGGGUGAGGAGUUGCAGGCCUCCCUGUCUUACAUGCAGCAUUUGCUAGGUGGGCUCGAACAAUCAGUCGCACAGUGCCACGCUGCGGCAGUUGCGCUUGCUGCUAGCCAAUCUGCCGCCGACUCCGUGCCGGAGACAGCCAACGGGGCAGCCCCCCCCGCAUCUGCCGCCAUCCCUUCCUGUGGGGCGAGCUAUGUUGCCCAGCUCUGCUUUGUCUUGCUUCUUGGGCUUGGUCAACAGAACUCUGCCGGCUUGCUGGUGUAUGGCUUGGCUUCCCUCGUGGCGCCGAUAGUCUAUGCGGACGAUUCUGGCGAUGAAGCCCCGGAUGGCCCUACCGAGCCCAGCUCACCUGACCUUCUUGACCUACAAGCUCCCACUCCUACGGGCUCCAUCGAGUUUGGUUCAGAACCAACAGUCGGUAUUAUACAACGCCCGAGUGACUCGCCCUUCGCUCGCACUUCUGUUCCUUUAAGCGGUGAAAUUGAGCCAUCUAUCAGCUCCUUUGACCUUGCGAAGAUCCCGAACAUACAGCGUGUUGUGGCGGCCUGCCUCAGUGACGUUGUGGUCCAGUACUUGACUGGCUGGGAAGUUGCUGACAUCCGGCUCCCGCUAAGCCUGCAGGCCUCUGAGGAUGAAGAAUGCGCCAAUGUGUUGUUUGAGGACCCUUGGCUAACGCCGCAGACUCGGCCUGGCCGGACCUCCGAAACCAAGCGGCGCUGGGAUAUACCCGCUGGCUUACUCGGGUUAUUGUCUGUGCAUCUUUACGGUCGUGGUCCUGGUUAUGUCACGUGGGCAUUGGAGUUGUCAACGUCUUCGCUGUCCGUUCUCCGGUGGCUCCUCACCUUCAUGGCAGAUCUCGGUCCCCCACAAGGGAGGUGCUGUGCCCAUUUCGUGGCUGGGGAACGCCAGCCCCUGGCACCCAACACGCGACAACAUGAGGCCCUUGUCGUCCCGGACUUGCAGCAGAUGCCACACCUCAAUGUUUGGCAUGUCACUGUUCAAGUUGCGAAGGGAGGUUGGGCGUCUAUUUGGAGUACGACAGAUGAAGGCUUGAGCUGCCACGCGCGGCUCUGGGUCCCUGACGGCUCAGCCUGGUCCCCCAAGUGGCUCCACUUUAGUGUCGACGGGCGCCCACUGGCGCCAGGCCGGUGGGUUCCUGCGGCUUAUCUUCCAGAACACGACGUCAGUUUUGUUGAACAACCUGACCCCCUGGCUGUUCACGUCCUGUUGAUGCAGCCGUACGACCCUACCGCCACAGCCUGCAGGCGUCUGCUGCUCGAUUCGUCAGCCGAGCGUUCCGCCACUAACCGUGUUUCUGAAGACUGGCAGUUGCGCCCAGACCUCCGGUCCCGAGUCGUAAUUCCUUGGCCUCGGAAUGGUGACGUGAUGGUUCCCCGCAUUCGAUGUAAUGCCUUUAACUUUGGCGUUUUCUCCGGGAGCUCCACCGUCUCCUCUUGUGGGCACUGGACCGGUCGGCAUGGGAUGUUUAGUCUCCUGGCCUUCGCGUCCGCCUCCCUUCGGGGGGCUGCAUUGGCCAAUCAGCGUUCGGCUACGCCAGCCAGUGACGGUCUCCUCACCGGGGUUCUUGUCGCUGCCGUAUUGUGUCGUAGCCGGGUGUUUGGUUGGCUCCUGUUGGCACAUGCUGCGCUUGCUAUGGUCGUGCCGCCCGUGGAACAGCAACAUUUGGCACCGGUUCCUGUAGGCAAAUUUCCGUGGCGCGUACCUUCUCAGCAGCGGAUAUGUGGGGAGUCUGUUCUGCCUGAUUCCCGUGCGCGACUGCUGUCCCCCUUCUCUGGCGAUGGAGAUGUGGUGGAGGUUUAUCCCGACAUGCCUGUGGAAGAGGUGCGUCUCGCGCUCUCCGGGGCAGAACCCUACUGGUUCUGUGAGAUUGUCCCAGUCUGGCCCUCGAUAUGGCCACAAACUACUGUCUAUGUACCCCUUCCGACCGGGGGGGAUCUCGUCUGUGUGGUCGUGGCUUCUCCUGAAUGGCAACUUGCUGUGUUGAUGCCGCGCAGAGCCGAUCUCGAGUGGUUGCUCGCUUAUCUCCGGCGUAUUACCCCGGGACCCAUCUUCUCACUGCACCCACCCCUGGCCGCGCGUUCAGCAGAGGUCUCGCCUCGAGGUGCCCUUGACUGGCGGUCUGGUGACCUGCUGCUGGCGUUUCAGUGUGGCAGCACUGGCGCCACUUAUGAGCUGCCGAACUUUGUGUCACCCUAUCAUGUCCGGCACGUUGCUAUCUGGAAUUAUGAUUUCAUAGUGCAAUGCAACUUGCCUCUGCUCAUAUGGCGGGUUGGUCGUAGGCCGUCAGAAACCGUCAUGCCGCCGCCAGCCCGAUGGGUCGCGUCGGAGCAGACCUUUACGGGAAGAUUUGGUGUUAAGUACCCCGGUAGGCUUCGGAUCACUGCAACAUCAUUCUUGAGACAUGCCACGAUGGGCACUUACGAGGUGAGUGCAUCACGGUCUCCACUUCCUCUAGCCGUUACUCGCUGUCCCAGCUUACCGGCGCUUCCCCCGAUGCUCUUUCCCUUCUUGGGCACGGGGUCGAUUCGUCGGAACUCCCGCCGUUGCGGGACGGCGACACCAUCUUUCAUGAAGCUGCACCUGUUACGGACCGCGCGGGGCGCCGUGCUCCUGGGUCCGUCUUCCUUGCUCUUCUGUGCUGGACCUCACGCCGCAGAGGGUCGCUAG